UUUAUUCUCAUCAUUCAAAGUGGAGAUGGCGGAGUUGAUCAGCCACCCCGCCAAAGAAGGCGGAAAAUCAUACCCGAAUCGAGCACUCGAUCUUCGCCUCAUUGAAUCUUAUUCUGGCCUGCUACAAUAUUAUCUUGUAGGACUGUACUCUUCGUUAUGCUCGAUACAGUCAGUCGACGGACUGUUGACUCUUUUGAUCGAUCAACACCUGGAGAUAGGUGUGGCGGGGCUCCGAUAUCGCUCCAAGACUAUCCGACCUCAAGGCCUCAUAAAGAGAUGGUGCGGAGAUAGUUGGAUACGCAGCUGCUGGAUCGUGCAGCCUCUUCCAAAGCCUUGAGAGUCACCGUAUUAAAACGUACCAGACGAAAACCAGCUUUAGCCCGAAUUGUCCUUAGCGCCCAUAUCAGGCAGCGCCAUUCGUACAAUGCACUGCAGGGCCUUUUGGAUGUCCAGAGAAUUUGGUUCAUAACACGCAUCCCCUAUUGUGCUUUUUG